AUGCUCAAGGAGCUCACCGACCAGGCCCAGGGCUACCUGGGCAACCGCAAGCCCUUUUCGGCGGUGACCGACUGGAUCGAUCGAUUGUGCACUCAGCGCUAUGCCGAAGAGGAGUACGACGGCAUUCCCGAGCUGGUCGAGGCCAUCAAUCUCCAGUCCACCGGUCCCACCGAGGCGAGCCGUGCGCUUCGCAAGAAGCUCAAGUACUCGAACGUUCAUGGCCAGAAGCGUGCGCUCAUCAUCCUCAAGGCGCUCGUCGAAAACUGCGGACAGCGCUUCCAGACCGCAUUCGCCAACGAUCAGCUCGUCGAUCGUAUCAAGAUCAUGUCGCAGGAUCAGCUCGUCGAUGCAUCGGUGCGCAAGCUGCUCAUGCGCGUCCUCCUCUCGUGGCACCAGCAAUUCAAGGACGACCCCUCCAUGAAGCUCGUCGCCGGCCUCUACCAACAGUGCGGCGGCGGCAAAAAGUCAGAGGCGCAGCGCAAGAGCGAGGCGGCGGAGGCAUACCGCAAGCUGCAGGAAAAGCAGCGCAUCGAGGCGCAGAUCCGCAGCGAUCGCAAGGCAGCCGAGCAGCUCCAAAAAGAAGAAGAGAAGAAGAGCAAGCUUCGAGGCAAGAAGGGCGUCAAGCGACCUGCGUUCAACUUUGAGCAGGAAAAGCCCGCCAUGCUGCAGUCGCUCGCCAUCUCACAACAGGUGGCGACGGCGCUGGUCAAUGCGCUGCAGCACGUCAACCGCGAGAAGGAGAGCGUGACGGAAAACGCACGAGUGCAGGACUACUUAGUCAAGACCAAGGUGGAGAGGAAGAAGAUCAUCCGCUACGUGCAGCUGGUCAAGGACGAGGAGUUCCUUGGUUCGCUCAUCUCGGCCAACGACCAGAUCAUCCUGGCGCUCGAGCUGUACGAUCGGCUCUCGAAGCCCGCCGAGCUCGACUCGGACGACGACGAGCCGCUCGCCGCCAUCUCGGGUUCCGGACAGAGCGCCGAGGAGAAGACGGCUGCCAAGAUCCGCGCCGACGAUGCCGAGAUCGAAAUGGUGCGCAAGCGCAUCGCCGACGCGCGUCUCAAUGCACCCGACAGCGAGCUGGAGAAGCUGCAGACGCGACAGCGCGUGCGCAUUCAACGACACAAUUCGCGUGUCGGCAGCAUGCGCAGCUUCGACAUGAGCCCACAGCCUACCGGCGAUGGGCCGAGCGGUGCUUCACGCGGCGGUGCGAUGAACGACCUGAUCGACCUCGACUUCCAAGAAGACCAGGCGGGCAGCUACCUGCAUCCUCCGUCGCAGGCGGGCGGCGCCCGACGAGGCUUGAUGGCGAGCGAGGCGGCAGGAAGCAGCACGCAGCGCGGCGCCCUCUCGGACUUUAGCGACUACGAGUCGGAGGACUCGGCGGAUGAACAUGCAGCACAGGCGCCCGGCCGGGCCAGGCAGCUGGCAGCCGCUUCGUCGCGCCCCGAGGGUGGCUCAUGGUCGAAUCUCAACGAUUCCGAAGAAGAGGAGUGGCUGCGCACCACGCAGAACCACCGACCCAACAUCGGCCCGGGCUUCAGCUGGGACGAGGACGACGAAGACGACGACGAUCCGUUUGCCGAUCCGUUCGCGGAUGCCAACAAUGCGGCUGCGUCUGGCAGCGGGUGGGGCAUCGAGCGACCCCAGAACCAGCCGCGCAAGGAGUGGGGCGUCGUCUGA